CAAUUUUGCGUUACGCUUCUGAAAAUCCACACUCUUUCACUUAGAGGGAAGCAUUUGCAUCCUCUCCACUCAUUCUAGAUGGACCCAGCAUCGGCCAUUAUUGGGCUUAGCGCUAGUCUCACAACACUCGCCGGCCUCGUUCUCGAGAGCACCAAAAUACUCUACAAAGCUCAAGGCCACUUCAGAGAAGCCCCACGAGACAUCAGCCGGCUAUGUUGGCAGCUAAGCGAAUUCGAAGCCCUAGUAAAAGAAGUCCAGUCACAGGUUGACGCUGAUUGUGGCGCCCGGAGUUCAGCCAUUCGAACUCUCAUGACUACGUCCGCGCAAAAUAUGCUAGAAGACCUACAGGAAUUCAACAUAAAAGUCCAGCAGCUAGGAUCAAUCCUGACAGGGCCUGCCACCAGGAGGAAACGGUUUGGACUUAGGCUCCGACACGUAUUCACGGAGUCGAAGGUGGCCCAGUAUCAGCAACUGAUAUCCUCAUAUUCAGGAACUUUAACAUUGUUUUUAGCAUUAAGUAACAAAAGUUUUUAUAGAGUCAAGCUGGAGCAGCUUUCGAAACGAAAUCUCACAGUAUCUUUAAAUCCCAAUCAGAAGGCCCCACAACGACCUCGUAUUGCUCAUAAAGCGCCGAAAUACAGGGGAAAUUCGACAGGUUGGAAGCUUCAACUCCCAUUUGGCGUGACGGCUUCCUCGAGCACAGUAUUCUACAACCACGAAGACCGCAAACCUGGAUUGCAAGCCUCUCUAAAUUACCGGCUCACAUUCAUUCCACCUCGAUGGCUGUCUUCAUUAAUACUGCAAUGGGAGUUCCGUUUCAACGAUGAAAAGAGUAGAUUUCCGGCACUCGGAGUAUUCCUCACUCCAAUUCGGUACAACUCAGAUCCUCGCCUUAUAAAGGCUAUCAAAUCCUGCGAUGCAGCGCAGCUUCGCGAGUUGUUCCGUUCCGGGAUAGCAAGAGCUGACGACUAUGUGCUCAUGCGACGUCGGCCGGUACUGUUGUUGGAGGCAAUGGCUCCUCGAUCUUCCUCAUGCGAUCAAGAAAGGGUUCUAGAGACUUACGAAUAUCUUCUAAAUGCAGGUUAUUCUACUAGUGGCUUAACUCUCGCGCCGUCACACACUCAGAUCCUAAUUAAUCUCGCCAAAGGCUCCAAGAAACGGUUAAACUCCGCCUUGAAUACAUUCUGCUCACACGAUGGCAGCCUUUUCUGGUCGUCACAUUCCGAACCGCUCUCGGAAAGAGCCGGAACAGAGCCAGCGAGCACAAUCCUAUCUCUCAUUUCUCGACACGGUGCUGGAUUUGGUUGCCUGGAAGAGUUUAUUUUCCGACAGUCUGAGCCGUGGAUGACAGAAGACUUAUCUAUUAUAGAUCGAUGGCUCAUAGGAAUUCUAGCCAGCGUCUCCAAUAGCUUCCGGAAUUCCCUGGAAAGUUAUUUGCAGUCCUACAAGUGUGUGUUCGCAGCACAGAGAAACAACCGUUUCUGUUUAGACGCAUUCGACUUGGCGACAAUCGUGUCUGAGGUUGCGCAAGCUCCUAAUAAAGCUCGUAUUGAGCUUCUCAAAAUCAUUAUAAAAUGGGGUACAAAGGAAAUGCUUCACCCAUUUCUCUCUGCUGGAUUCGUCGAUCUAGAAGAAUCUGCUGCGAAUGAGAUGUUUCCUUGGCUGCGUCUCAGCUAUCUCAGCAAGGCCGUCAAGUGGAACAACAAAGAGACAUUUGAGUAUCUACUCAGUCUUGGGGCAUGCCCGAUCAGAGGUCUCGCCUACAUGUCAAGGUUCCCCGACUCUUCUCCUCAAGAGACUGGAAAUUCCCAAGAGCAGAUCAGAACCAUGGCAUUGAAGAUGGUCGAGUAUGCGCUAUCAGAUGAUACCAAUCAUCUCGUCAAUGGCGAGGUGGGGAUUGAUCAUGAUUUACUCCUCGCCCUUUUACUUCGUACCAGCAACUUACGUAGAUAUUCUCAACCGGUAACGGGCCAACUUAUCCAACGGCUUUUCAACCACAAUUCCGACCGUAUUAUGGAUUGUUCCCAAAGCGUGCAAACCAUUUAUAUUCUUUUCGCGCUUGUCUUGAACCUUCCAAGCACAGUACAGCAUUUUCUUGACCAGGCAGCUACACAGAAAGCCAAAUUCUGCUCGACCAGGGACUGGACUUCUACGCAUAACGCUUUUUGCCCGUUCGACCAAGUUGCACCUACAUUCGAGGGAACCUCUGUUGCGCUGAAAUGUCAUCCACCACUUAACACAUUCACCUGGGUAUCUCUAGCUGUCGAGCUGGGCCUGCCGGAGUGUUUGCAAGUUCUACUGGAUUCAUGGACCUCUUCGGGUCCGAAAUCGUCGACCACAGAAACUAGCUAUAGCAACAACCUCUUUAACACUGAACGAUAUUCGGAAUUUAUCUAUGCGUUGAACCAGUCGCUUUUAGAGAUUGAGGGUGUACAAAAGCAUCAAAACUAUCCGCGAACAGCGAGCAGGCUCUACACCUGGCCAUGCCAAAUUCAACAACGGCAGGUAGAGCAACGUGAAGACGAGCACAUCGCCAAAAUCCUCAAGGAUACGAUUCAGAAACUUGAGAAACUUCUAAAUGUUGACUCCAUUGCUAGCAUAGGGGGGUCGUCGGACAAUGAGGUAUCCAAUGGUGUCAAAGCAGCUAGGCCAAGUCGGACUCCUAAAACACCGGGCAGCAGGAGGGCAUUAGGGGCUGGGUUGAUUGUCUCUGCGGCGUCGCUACUGCAACUGAAAGUUUGGGAGAUCGUUGUUUUGGCUUGUUUCUAUAUGAUUACCCUUGCACUGUUUGCAGUCUUUUGAUAUUAGCCUAGUGUUACACAAGGGCUUCCUUCCUCAAUAGGAUC